AUGGAUAUUUCCAUUUCACAAAGAAAGAGAACUUUGCUUAAGGUCAUCGUCCUUGGAGAUAGCGGAGUUGGGAAGACAUCUCUGAUGAACCAAUAUGUUUAUAAAAAAUUCAGCCAACAGUAUAAAGCCACAAUUGGAGCUGAUUUUGUUACAAAGGAGCUACUAGUUGAUGAUAAACUAGUAACCUUACAGAUUUGGGAUACUGCUGGACAAGAGAGGUUCCAUAGUCUUGGAGCUGCAUUUUAUAGAGGGGCAGAUUGUUGUGUUUUGGUAUAUGAUGUAAAUAUACAAAAAACAUUUGAUACAUUAAGCAAUUGGCAUGCUGAUUUUCUUAAACAGGCGGAUACAGAAAAUCCUGAUGCAUUUCCCUUUGUAUUACUUGGGAACAAGAUUGAUGUAGAUGGUGGAAAUAGUAGAAGGGUUACAGAGAAGAAAGCUAGGGACUGGUGUGCUUCUAGGGGUAACAUACCAUAUUUUGAGACUUCUGCGAAAGAGAGUUACAGUGUGGAUGAUGCAUUUUUAUGUGUUGCUAAAGUUGCAUCAGAAAAUGAACAUGAAUUAGAUAUCAGUUAUUUUCGAGGAAUUUCUGAAGCUCCUUCAGAAGCAGUAGAACAGGGAAGUGGUUGUGCAUGUUGA